CAUGCGCGCCGAGACUUCGCUCUCUCUCUCUCUCUCUCUCAAUGGCCGCACGCCUCUGACCAAAGAUGGCGGUCCUCCUCCUCCUCCCUCUGCUCGUCGCCCUCUCGGCUCCCGUAACUCACGCGUGCUAUCAAUUUCCCGCAGACAUGAGGGACCCGUGUCUCGACAAAGUUUGCCAAAACGGCGCGCUCUGCAAAGCGUCACUCGACGGCCGCUCAGCCGACUGCGUGUGUCCGACGGCGUGCGCCACUUACGGUGAUUCGCGUGGCAGUCGACCCGUUUGUGGCUCUGACGGCCGCGAUUACGCCAACGUCUGCGAACUCCGGCGCCACUCCUGUAGACAAAUGGUCGACAUUUCCGUCAAGUUUUCCGGCGCUUGCGACCCGUGCGAUGGUGUUGAGUGUCCGGCCGCCCAAGUGUGUCAGUUGGACGACCGCCGGAACCCUAUCUGCCGGUGCAAUGCUGUCUGCAAUUCAGACUUCAAAGCUGUUUGUGGUUCCGACGGAAAAACCUAUCAAAACGAGUGCGUGCUUCGCGUCGAGGCCUGCAAAGCCCGCACCACUCUUCGCAUCAUUCAUUCGGGCAAAUGUGUCGAGUCCAAUCCAUGCGCUUCCCUUCAGUGCUCUUCCCACCAGUCAUGUGACAUCGAUCGGUACGGGAUCGCCACGUGUCAGUGUCCGCCCCCCUGUCCGCCAGUUCUGCGUCCCGUUUGCGGUUCCGAUGGACACCAAUACGACUCUCUGUGCGAUCUUCAGCGCCAGUCUUGUCUUCUCCAUAAAGACGUCUCUCUCAAACACUCUGGACUUUGCGGAGACGACGGCCCCUGCAAUCGCGUCGUCUGUCAGUUUGGCGCCCAAUGUGUGGUCAAAGCGAACGGCGAACACCACUGCGAGUGCCAGCAGUGCUCCGAAGAGUUCUCUCCCGUCUGCUCGGCGGCCGGCAUUUCUUACGGGUCUGAAUGCAAACUCCGUCGCGAGUUCUGCCAACAAAACAAGCCCUUCGACAUGGCUUUCUCUCCCGGGCUCUGCAACGGCUGCGAACACAAGAACUGUCAGUUUUACUCCGUCUGCGAGUCCGAUGGCGACGGCGCCUCCUGUCGUUGUCCGCAACACUGCGUUCACGUCUCGGCCCCCGUUUGCGGUUCCGAUUCCGUCACUUACGAGAAUGAGUGCGCGCUUCGGGUCAGCGCCUGUCAGCGCCAACAGUUGGUGACAGUGGCCUCCAGAGGGCCGUGCGAUCAGUGCCACGGAGUUCAUUGCAAGUACGGCGCGCGCUGUGAGUCCGGACGAUGCGUUUGUCCGACAGACUGUCCCAAAGAGCGCGAGGAAGUGGUCUGCGGGUCGGACGGCAUUACUUACGACAACGAAUGUCAGCUCACGAGCGCUGCCUGUCGUCAGAACAAAGAGAUUGGCGUCAAGUUCUUUGGCCUUUGCGGCGAAGACGCGACCGUCGACUCCGGAUCCGGUUCGGGCGGAUAUUCGCGGGUUUGCGACCACAAGACGUGUCGCUACGGAGGCGUCUGUCAGUUCGACGAAAACGGCGUUCCUCGCUGUCUGUGCACAUACAACUGUCCGCCGCCUUCUGGUCACGACUCGGACCCCGUUUGCGGAAGUGACGGCCGUUUGUAUGAUAACGAAUGCAAAUUACAAGAGGAGGCUUGUGGUCGGCAACAGGAGAUCCGACCCCAAGACAUGAAGGCGUGUCAGGAGACGCGUCUCUUGGCCUGUGACGGCGAGCCUCCGCUCGUGAACCCGACGACACGCAAAGAGUACUUCUGCGGCGACGGUCCCGACUCAAAGCCGUGUCCGCCCAACAGCUUCUGCCACAGAGGAAGCAAUUUCGCCAAAUGCUGCCGAGAAGUGGCGGCUGUGAGGACGUGUUCAGAGAACACUUUCGGGUGUUGUCCCGAUGGCAAGACGGCCUCUCAGGGCGUGCAGAACGCGGGCUGUCCUUCCGUGUGUCAGUGCAACCGUUUGGGCUCCUAUUCCCUCACAUGUGACCCGACGACCAAACAGUGUCACUGCAAGCCGGGUGUCGGAGGUUUGCGUUGCGAUCGAUGCGAAGCCGGCUUUUGGGGACUUCACAAGAUAUCGGAAGGAAACCAGGGAUGCAUUCCGUGCGCGUGCAAUGAGAUGGGCUCGAGUCGCGACGACUGCGAACAGAUGACCGGUCGGUGUGUUUGUCGAGUGGGCGCCGUUCAGGGCAUGAAAUGCGACGUCUGUCCCGAAGGCAUGGUUUUGGGUCAAGACGGCUGUCACGACGCCUCUUUGAUGCGCACUCUGGAGGGCUCGUGCGCUGACGUCAAGUGUCUCUUUGGCGCCGUCUGUCGCGCUCGCGGAACGAAAGGCGUUCAAUGCGUUUGUGACCAGAAGUGCGGCGGCGAAGAGCGCGCGAAACCCUCGACGACUGUCUGCGGAUCCGAUGGCAACUCUUAUGGCUCCGAAUGUCAACUCAAACUCUUUUCGUGUCGCUUCCAGAGACGCAUUCAAGUGGUGACCGACGGCCAGUGCGCAGACUCCGCAGUCACUGCCGGUCCCGUCCGGCGCUCCACUCAAUUUAAGACCACUUCGACGGACGACAAGUGGACGCGAGAUGUGAGUCGCGACGAGACGGCGCUCGCGAGCACCGAGCCGUCCGAACAGUGGUCGGCGCACGAGAGGACGCCCGCCUUCGACGGCAAGGCUUUCCUCGAAUUGCCGCGACUCCAGGCCUACACGCGACUGACGCUCGAACUCGAGUUCACGACUUACGCGGCCGACGGUCUCCUCCUCUACAACGGACAGACCGACUCCGGAGAGGGAGACUUUGUGUCGCUCUCUGUGCGCCAUCUGUUUGUCGAGUUUCGCUACAAUCUGGGCUCCGGUCCCGUAGCUCUUCGGUCGCGCGCACCCAUCGCGUUGGGCCGACGCGUGCGAGUUGUGGCCAAACGGUACUUAUGGGACGGCAUGUUGUCGGUUGAGGGACAGGAAGACGUUUCGGGCAAAAGCGACGGCGCUCUCAAGUCCUUGGAUUUGACGCAAAACCUGUUCGUGGGGUUCGUGGCGACCGACGAGUCGCGCGUUUACGACAACAUUGGCAUCUCUACGGGUCUCGUGGGAUGCGUUCACGCCUUCAGAAUCGGUCGCAAAGACAUCGACUUGAGUUCGCGCGACUCGAAAGACGUGCUGCGAGUCGUCAACACCCGUGAGUGCGUUCCGCGCGACCCCUGUCUCGACGUCGAGUGCGGGAACGGCGGCACGUGUUUGGCCGACGAACACCUCCUCUACCGAUGCGUUUGCGACGCGCGCUUCACUGGCCGUCACUGCGAGACGGAAACCACGAGUGCGUGUCAGUCGAACCCCUGCUCAGAGGGCGCCUCCUGUGUGGACGUCGAGGGCGACGGCUUUGUCUGCAAAUGCCCCAAAGGAAGGACCGGAAGACUCUGCGACGACUGUAAGUGCCAUCACUCGCGUCACUUCCGGCGUUCAACCAUUUCUCUCUUUCCAGUCAUCCAGAGAGAGAUGUCGUCGGUUCGAGUGCCCGACUUCUGGGGCUCUUCUUUCCUCCGACUUCCGCCUCUUCAGGGCGUCGGUCACGCCUUCACCAUUGAGGUUUCGCCGACAGUUUGGUUCCUCUCGCGCGCCAUUCACGGCCUUCUCUUGUACUCCGGACAACAAUCGGGAGACUUUCUGGCGCUCAAUAUUAACGACGGAUUCAUUCACUUCCGCUUUGAUUUGGGUUCCGGUCGACAAAACCAAAGCGGAAUCCUGUCGUUGAAAAGCGCCAAAGCCAUCUCUCUCAGCGAAUGGCAUUCCAUUCGGAUCACCAAACGCCGCAAAACGGGAACUCUUCAGGUGGACGACGGUGAAGUGAUCGAAGGCGAGGCGAAGGGCUCUUUAAGCGAACUCAAUCUGGAGGCGCCGCUCUUCGUGGGCGGAGUCGACAAUCUCUACGCCGUCAACAAAGCGGCGCAAAUCACGAGCGCUCUGAACGGCGCUAUUCAGCGAAUUGUCGUUAACGGCGAGGUUUGGGACAAUUUGGUUCAGCGCGCUCUCCAACACCACGACGUGCCCGAGUUCGGAGGGCCCCCCUGUGCUCCCGAGUCGCCCUGUCUUCACGACGGCCUCUGUUUGCCGCAACUCAAUGACUACGUCUGCAAAUGCGGUUCAAAAUUCACGGGAAAAAAGUGCGACAAA